UUUAUAUUUUCUUCAGAAAAUGAGGUUAUCAUCAAUACAGACUUUGAGACAUUAAAAUGUGAAGACACCUUGCAUCCUGUGAAGAUAAUUUUUAUCAUUGGAAAGGAGUACCCAAACCAGUUACCACAGAUUUCAGUCUUCUCAGAAAAUCUUGACAGGGAAAUUAUAUCUAGAGUGAAAAGGAAAGUGCUUCAAAACUGUUCUGAAUUACUUGGUGAACCAAUGCUUAUUUCUUUGAUUAUGUUGAUCAAAGAAAACUUGCAACUUGAGGUUGAAUCUGAAAUGCCAUUGACAGGAAAAUCUUUAUGUAAAGUUCACAAAAAUAUGAACAAUGCUAACAGUGGCAGUGAAAAUAUAUGGACAGACAUCUUACAUAUUGAUCACAUGAGAUCUAAAAAUAAGUAUUGUAAGACUUUAGAAAAGUGGGCAGCGGAAUUAACAUUGUGUGGGAAAAUCUUAUUCUGUAAUAAGCUAAUAAUUAUAAUUUUACAAGGAGAUAUAAAAAAUAUUAAGGAUUUUAUAGUGAGAUUGAAGACGGUGAGUGUUGAUGUGGAUUCAAAGGGACACAGUUGUAAAGAAAGAAUGAUGACUGUCCUGUGUGAACAUCAGCAUAAUAUAUCAGACAUAAUCAGAUUUAAAGAUUUUAACAGGCAAGAGUUAUCAUGCAGGGAGGAGGUAGAGACUAUAUUUAUGGAGGCGGGGCUUAUUACAUUAUACAGAGAACAUGUGAUGAGACUUAACUGAUGAAAUUAUGUUAAUAUGUUUAUAGAGCUUGGGAAUUCUUUAGAUAUUCAUCAUGUUACGAGACAUAUCUGAAUAAACAAUGUGAGAGUAGGAGGAGUUACGCAUUUAAAUUUAUUUGGGCAGGGAUUAUUUUAUUAUAAUGAACAGAAAAUGUGAUAAGGCUUUUAUGAAUAUAUUAAAAGAAUAGAAGGAGUUAGAGACUAUUUUCUUCAGUAUCCAGAGAACAUGAUAAAUAAACUGAAUAAAGUUAAGUAGAAGGACUUUAUUAGCUCACUAGAAAGGAAGGUUCAGGGUGAGCUAUUAGUAUCAAAGGGGGAUGCUCUGACGUCUGUCGUCCGUCUUCAUGCGUCAACAAUCAUCUUCUCCUCUGAAACUGCUGGGAAGAUUUACUUCAAAUUUAGUCUGUAGCAUCCUUGUGACAGUCACACUUGAAUUUACUUAUGACAUUUCAAUUGGCACCUUUUAGGGGAGCGACUCAGGGCCAUCAUUGCCCUUUUGUUUAUUGAAGUGCGGCUAAUUUCAUUAUACAGAGAAUAAAGGGAAGGUAAAAGGGUUUAGGAAAUAAUUUAUGAAGGCAAGCAUAUUAAAUGACAAUGGGCUUGUUGUGUAAAAUAUGUGUUUCUUUACUAGUCUAACUAAAUUAUUAGUUACCUUAUUUGUUACAUGUAAUUAACAGAUUUAUACAUGUGUAUGCCUUAAUCAAGACUUCAACAUUUGUGUUAAUGAGUGUCUAAAUAAUGUCAUUACUAUUUGAAUUCUUACAUGCUCUCAACUUUUAAAAGAUGAUAAACAAGUAAAUAAUCAGCCACAUCCAUUGCAGCAGCUAGUCACACUUAUUCUGUUAUAAAAUGAGCCAUGUCAUGACA